AUGCCUUACCACGCCACCGUCCUUUAUCCCAACGACGACGACCUCAAGUUCGACAUGGACUACUAUCUGUCAAAACACAUGCCGCUCGUACAGGAGAAAUUCGGCCCGCACGGCCUCAAAAAAUGGGAAAUUCUUGACUACAAGCCUGGUGCCGACGGUGCCAAACCAGCAUUUGCCGUAGGAGCAACGCUGAUCUUCGACAGCCCGGAGGAUCUGGGCAAGGCCAUGGGUUCGGCGGACGCUGCGCCCGUCUUUGGAGAUAUCCCUAACUUCACCAACAAGCAGCCAACUGUUUUGGCCGGAAAUCUUAUCAAGACGUCCUGA